AUGAAGAUUCUAAGUUGGAAUGUCAGAGGUCUAGGAAGGCCUGGAAAGAGGAGGAAAAUUAGAAAGAUUUUGCAUGAUAAGGCAGUAGAUAUGGCUUUGCUUCAAGAGACAAAGCAAUCAUGUGUUGCACACCUGAGGGUAAAAAGUCUUUGGCCUAGAGACAAGAUGGAAUUCAUGACUGUAGAUGCUGCAGGACUGUCUGGGGGAUUAAUUUGUAUCUGGGAUCCUGAUGUCUUUCAUCUCUCAGAUUGUUGUAGCAGCAGGAACUUUAUUCUCUUAUCAGGUAAGGUUCACAAUUUCUUUGACUGUGUUUUGGUUAAUGUUUAUGCCCUUAAUGAUGUAUCAAGGAGGCAGGCCUUAUGGGUGACCCUGUUAAAUUUGAAAACAAUUUUUGUAAACCCAUGGUGCCUUGGUGGAGACUUUAAUGAAAUUAGGAAUGUGAGGGAAAGAAUAGGAGUUUCUCGCAGGGAUAGAGGCAUGCAGGAGUUUAAUGACUUCAUUGAUAAUUAUGAGGUGGUAGAUGUCCAAAUGCUAGGCAAAAAAUUCACUUGGUGUAAUACUCUUGAAGGGAAAAAGUGGAGUAGAAUAGAUCGAUUUCUUCUUAAUCCUAAAUGGCUAGUGAGAUAUAAACUCAAACUAUGGGGUCUUCCAAGAACUAUUUCUGGCCACUGCCCACUUCUUCUCAUGGAGGAUGGAUCCAUCCUGAAGAGGAAAUUACAGUCCCUGAAGUUGGCCCUAAAAAAAUGGAAUCAAGAGACUUAUGGUAAUGUUGCAAAAAAAUUAGAAGCCUCUGAAACUGCUCUGCAUGAUCUUGAUCUAAAAGCUGAAACUAGACCUCUGGAUGAAGAUGAAUUGAUGUUGCAAAGAGAGAAAAGGAAUGAAAUGUGGUCACUGAGCAGGAAGAUGGAAUAA